AUGGAGGAGCAGAUCGGAGGGAGCGAGGAUAGAUGGAAGGGAUCACUGGAGAACAUUACGGAGAUGGCAUCGAAUCUCGAUUCUCUCCAGAAGCUUCUCCUUAGGAAAGCUGUCUUCGUAGAAGAAGACACUUUCGCUAGAGCCUCUCUCGUCUCCGAACAAGCCCGAACAAUCAAGGUUCUUGAGCAAAGGGUACAAACACUAGAAAGAGAGCUAGAUGCUGCCAUUACAGCUGCUGCUCAUGCUCGGUCUGAAAAACGCCAAGCUGAGUCCUCUCAAAAAGCUGCUGAAUCACGUGCCCAUGAGGUCACCAAAGAGCUCGAAAACACCACAAAGGUUUUUAAGCUGCAUAUGGAAGAGCUCCGAGGGAUGCAAGAACAGAUAUCGAAACGCGAUAACGAGAUUAAGCUCUUGGAAGCUAUAAUCCAAACGGUCGGCGGAAAAGAGCGGUUGGGAAAAAGCGGCGUGAAUGGAUGA